UCGCUUUAAUCAGGAGCGGCAGCUCGAUGAUUGGACGCUCAGUUUUGGUUAGCCACGCCCUCUCGCCUGUCUCCGCGUUGGGCUAUAAAUAGCAGCUGUUAAAAGCCGCUCACUGUCCUCCAGUCUGUCUGUCUGCAUCCGAGACACAGCAGUCCUCUCUCAUCCAGCCAUUCACCCGAACAACAGCAAAUUCUCCGCUCCGCUCUUCUCUUCACCCGCAAUGUCGGCCGCCAGCACCGAGACCAGUUCCGCGCUGUCCACCGCCGGCAGCCGCGUUUUCUUCCAGCCUGCGCCCGGUGUGGGCUGUGUGGGGUCCGCCGGCCCCAUCAGCACCGGGGACGAUCCGGUGCAAAAGAAACAGGGCAAAGUGACGGUGAAGUACGACAGAAAGGAGCUGCGGAAAAGACUGGUGCUGGAGGAGUGGAUCAUCGAGCAGCUCAGCGAGUUGUAUGACUGUGAGGAGGAGGAGAUGCCGGAGGUGGAGAUAGAUAUAGAUGACCUUCUGGAGGUCAACAGUGAUGACGAGAGAGCCAGCAAACUUCAGGAAUCACUAAUAGACUGCUACAAACCAACAGAGGACUUUGUCCGUGAGUUGCUGGGCAGGAUAAGGGGGAUGAGAAAACUCAGCGCACCAACCAAGAAGGGCCUAUAAUGGCUGCGUUAUCAGCCGUCAGUCCAACAUAAACGACAUCAUCUCAGCUCCAGCUGCUUAACCCAUCCAACACAGACUGUCAACACAUGAAACCACACUGAUAACUCCUCUGCGAACCUCAGUCAUCCAUCACGUAGUCCACGCUUUUAGACACUGCAAGGUUGAAUUUAAUGUCAGACCGCUGACAUGUAGGUGAACAAAUACAGAAUAACUGCAUAGAACCGCAGGAGAAAAGUCAAAACCUUGCAAUGUGCCAGAACUGCGACUGUGCUUUACCAUGACUGUGACCCGGUCACACGUCAGAGCCAUGUCCACACUCCUCAAGCCGACGCUAUUAUCUCAACAGCCAUACAGACUGAGACACAGAUAAAUCACAUUAGGAGAGAUGGUAAUAAAAAGAUAUUUGUACUGAAGUAGGUGUGAAAUUAGCUGUAGCACUAUGUACACAGUGCUUGAUGAUUUAGUCUUUUCUACUGAGGUGUUUUGCUGUUACUUCUUUUGAACGUACUGUAUGUCGACUUUUACUGUUCCCUGGCGAUUAACGUUCCUUUUAUCAAACGUGUGGAAACCCUAUAGUUUUCAUUUGAGCACUAGGGCAGACCCCACUGCAUCACCUUUCACCACAGCAAGGCAUGAUGGGUGUUCAACUCUCUGCGUGGCACCUGUAUGAUUGACAGCCUUUUCAUCACUGCAUCAUCAUGUCCGCUGCUGUCCUUCCUCGGACGACAUAUCGUAUGAUUUAAGCACAAAUCCAAAGGGUUUUAGGUUCUGACACACACACACACACACACACACACACACACACACCAAGCUUACCUUCAAAACGUGGUUGAUGUUGCCUUCAAGGACGUCCAGGGUCAGUUUCCUUUUUUACUCUGCACUGAACCUUAACUACUGAUGGUUAAGUGAGCAGGUAAAGACAAGGUGAAGCUUACAUCCUUUGGACCAUGCUGGUCACGGUGCACCAUUAGAGGUGUCUAACAUCCUACCUGUUACAGUACAUGACAUGGAAGCACUAGUGUGACAUUACAUUUCCACAGUGAUUGUCAGGUUUUUAAAACUACCUUUGAGUGGGAACGGCAUCUAAAUAGGUUAAAACAAAACAAAAAAGAGAGAUGUAAAAAUAUAUUCCCAAGUUUAAGAGUUGUAUUUAGUUAUUUUUAAUGGUUAAUACCCACUUGUGCACACAGACACACACGAACCUGUUAGCUUCGGUACAAUCAUAAUAUACUGUAUCUUUAUACAUAUAUACAUAUAUAAAUAUAUGUGCAUAUAUGUAUGUAUAUACAGUAUAUAUAGAUAGAUAGAUACUGUGUAUAUAUGAUACAUAUACACACACUCCCGUUUUGCAUGCUCUUAACAACAACAAAAAAACAAUUGAUGAGAGAAUAUAUAAUAUAAACCUAUACUCGUGCAAAAGAAAUGCUUUCUUUUUGAUCUAGCUACCAUUUAUAACUUUGUAGGAUUUCUUUGUUGUUGCCGUUUUCCAACUUUUCAACCCAGGACUUUUUAAAAAUGGUGCUGUUUUUGAUGUUCUUCCCAAGUCUUUGGCUGUGAAAUAAAAGGUGUUUUCACAGACGAUUAACUCCAGAGAAUUGUGUCUAAAACACACAUUUGUCUUAAUUGAUGGAGUGUAGCCUCUUGUUUGUUUCCUCUUCUCGGUCUCAGACCAGAAGUCUCUGGACUUGUUUCCUGAAUCACUGAGCAGAAGAAGAAGAGACGUUAAAGAGGAGGCCGUCGCAGGAAACUGAUGCAGUUGGAAAAUGUGUUGACGGUUGGGAUUUUUCUGUGUCAAGAAGUGGUUUAGUUUAAAAAGCUAAUAUUUUAUAAUUUAUGGGAUUUCAUGUAAUUUUGAAGUGUCCAUAUUCUAGAAAGCUUUACAUCUGCAUGCAUUUUUAAAGUAGCAUGUUGAAGGGAACUCCUUGUUGUCCCAAAGGUUUUUUAUUUACAAAGUAAAAAUGUUUUUUCCUUUUUUGAUACCAGUUAUUUUUUGCUGUUGUUACUAUUAUUAUGACAAUUACGUAGGUGUUUAUGUACAUCCACAAUCAACCUCCUUUUUUUAAGUUGUAAUGUAAUGUGCGGUUUGUUUUUGCUGAAAAUAAAAUUUGACAAAAUCUCUGUACUGUUUAAA